UUCUACUAAUUUGAAAUUAAAUAGGAAAACAACUUUGGUUUGGAAGGGAUUUACAGUUGUAUCAUCAUUAACAAAAAUGGGCCGAUUUGGAUACUUUGUAAAAAGGAUUCCAUACAAGAAAAUCGCAUUGCAGAAAUGGGCAAAACAUCAAGAUGCAGAGUUUUGGAGAAAAGCAAAAGUGGAGGAAAAACUAGCACAGUACCGAGAUACUGACGAGGAAGAAGAGGGUCAAGUGGAAGAAACUGAAAAAGAAGAGGACGGAGAAUAUUUGGAAGCAAUAAAGGAGGCAGAAGUUGACACUGAAGAGUUGAGAAAAGAAACUUACAGAUGCCGCAGUGCCUACAAACUGCUCGAGAUUCAUGACAAAUACAAGUUGUUCAAACCCGGACAGACGGUUGUGGACCUGGGUUGUUGUCCGGGAUCUUGGACUCAAGUUGCGGUCAAUGCCACACGAGCAAAAUAUGAAAAGUUUGGAUCCUUUGUUCUUGGGAUGGAUCUGCAAAAGACGUAUCCGAUAAAAGGGGCAAAAAUCAUGGAUAAAAUGGACUUUCUGGAUCCUAGCUCGCAGAAAUUAAUAAAACAAGCACUGAAAGGACGGAAAGCUGACGUACUGACUAGUGAUAUGGCGCCAAAUACAACAGGAAUCAGAGACAAAGAUCAUAUGCAAGUGGCUGAACUCUGCUACUCCACUCUAAAAUUUGUCCCAAGAGUUUGUAAGUUGGGGUCCUCCUUAGUCAUGAAAGCCUUCGAUGGUGUCGAGUGCAAACAGAUCAUAAAAGACUUGCGAUUCAUGUAUGAAAAAGGCAUAGUGGUACAUCCCAAAGCAACGCGACAACCUUCCAGUGAAUUCUUCUACCUGGGUUUGAAAUAUAGAGGAAAUAAACUGGAACCCAAACAACAAUCGGAGCCUGAAGAAGAGUUUUUUGAACCAUCUGAUCCAUUUGAAGGUAUUGAAGACUGUAAUGUCCCAUCAUCCCUCAGUAGUGAUGAAUUAAUGUAAUCUUGAAGCUACUUAAGGUUACGUUUUGGGUAACCUGCAAAUUAUCUGAGUGCAAAGUUGGAACAUUGGCAAGCUUGACGGAUGAUGAUGGAAUUACCGAUAAGAAAAGAAUGACUACUUUACAUCCAAAAGCAAGAUCACAAUGCAAGAUGAUGAGCUGAUAGAGAAAUAUAGGCCUUCAAGGCUUUGCAUUAU